AUGAGGGGGCGCCAACACACCUCGGAACCGAACAGAACAGCUCCUGGCGCGCAGCUCCUAACGAGCAUCUCCUGGGCUUCCGCGGGGCGCUCCGUGGACGUUCCUACCGGACGAGUUGCAUUCCUCAAUUUCACCUUUCCUGUCCUGACAGCUGCAGGGAAGUCAACAUUCGUGAAUAUCCUUAAGCAAGUCUGCGAGGAUUGGGAAGUGGUUCCUGAACCUGUGGCCAGGUGGUGCAAUGUUCACAGUACCCAAGAUGAGUUUGAGGAACUGACAACAUCUCAGAAAAGUGGUGGGAAUGUUCUUCAGAUGAUGUAUGAGAAGCCUGAACGGUGGUCUUUUACAUUCCAAUCAUAUGCCUGUCUCAGUCGGAUACGAGCUCAGCUUGCCUCUCUACAUGGCAAGCUUAAAAAUGCAGAGAAACCUGUGUUAUUUUUCGAACGAUCUGUAUAUAGUGACAGGUAUAUUUUUGCAUCUAAUUUGUAUGAAUCUGACUGCAUGAAUGAAACAGAAUGGACAAUUUAUCAAGACUGGCAUGACUGGAUGAAUAAUCAAUUUGGCCAAAGCCUUGAAUUGGAUGGAAUCAUUUAUCUUCGAGCUACUCCAGAGAAAUGCUUGAAUAGAAUAUAUUUACGAGGAAGAAAUGAAGAGCAAGGCAUUCCUCUUGAAUAUUUGGAAAAACUUCACUAUAAACAUGAAAGUUGGCUCCUGCAUAGAACAUUGAAAACCAACUUUGAUUAUCUCCAAGAGGUGCCUAUCUUAACAUUGGAUGUUAAUGAAGAUUUUAAAGACAAGCAUGAAAGUCUGGUUGAAAAGGUAGAUUUAGACAAUCUAAUACUUACUUUGUCUUGUCAAAAAGUAUACUAA